UCGUGCCGCAUGGCAGCGAGCGUGAUCAGACCGCUGAGUAAUUUUGCUUUGGCGAGACCUCUGCAGGCUUGCUUCCUUUCUGUGGAGGAUGAGAAGGAGACCGAGGAAGAGUAUGAAGAGGAGCUGAGGCAGGAGGUUGAAGACAGUUUGGACGAUGAUGAGGAUGUAGUCUCCAUUGUGUCUCAUGAAGAAGAGCCAUGGAGUUUUGACCCCACCCCCCAUAACUCUGAGAUGACCAAUCAGCUGCUGCGGUUCGCCGAGCUCAUCAGCAAUGAUGUCCAACGCUACUUUGGCCGGAGCCAGGACCCUGAUACCUGUGACAUUUAUGCAGAGACACCGUGUUCCAAAGUCGGGGGCCGUCAGCGCUACUAUGCUGACUUCAUUAAAGUUGCAUCAUCAGGGCAGGUGGAGGAGCCUGAGCCACUAGGGCCCCUGGCAGAGCUCUUUCGAGAUGCUCAAAGGAAGGGGCGUGGUCUACCCAUGAGCCAACGUCGCCUGCCAAUCAGCUUCUGGACAGAGCCUCUCUCACACCAGUUGUUUAGUGAUACAAACACGCAGGAGAACUCAUUAGGUAUGGCCAACACUUCAGAGAGCUCAGUUAACAUCAAUUCUUCAUUGAGCAUGUACAAUAAUACUAAUGUUUGCACCAUGACCAGCUCUUGUAUUCCAGGGACUCUCAGUAGCUCAAGCACCCCGGAUUUUAGUGAUUUACUUGCUCACUGGGCCAAUGAUAAAGAUACCAAUGAAUUCAACUGUGACCUCCAGCUGUUAUAAUAUACAUUUGAACAUAAACAGUCCCAUGCAGU